AUGUUCCAGAGAGGCGGAUUCUCUUUGGGGCUUGUUCAAACUGACUUGAAGAUGUGCAAGUUUACCAAGAGUAAGUCCGAACUCGUUCCAGUUUUCAUUCUCACAGUGACCAUGAUUCGACGCUCCGGCAUCCAGUCUACGUGUUGGGGAGGGAAUGGCACAGCGACGUUGAACCAGUGCUGGUCAACGUCCCCCCAGGAGCUACCAGGAAACAGGGAUUCAAAGAGCUGGGAAGAAGGUCUACUUCCGGGGGCAGCCACCCACCCGGACACGCUUAACGCCUUAGUCUACGAGAAAGCUGCCGCUGAAACCAUCGCAGAGUGCACCGAGGGCCACUUCGUCAACUCUGUAAACCUCGACCUCGUCUGCACUGAAAAUUACUCUUCAUUUGAACAGCCGUUCAAGGUACACGGCUCCUAA